GGGGGCGGGCUCCCAAUCCGGUUCCAUCUGGUUCUCCCACCGCCCCCACCGCGGGUCGCAGCAGCCUGGGCGGCGGGAGCAGCGCGGCGGCCAGGCAGCGCAGCUUCGGAAGGCUCCCGCGCGCCGCGGCCCGCAGCGCCCGCAGGCGCCCCGCCAGGAUGCCCAAGAGGAAGGUCAGCUCAGCCGAAGGCGCGGCGAGGGAGGAGCCCAAGCGCAGGUCGGCGCGCCUGUCGGCUAAGCCUGCUCCGGCCAAGGCGGACGCCAAGCCCAGGAAGGCGGCGGGCAAGGAUAAAUCUUCUGACAAAAAAGUUCAAACAAAAGGGAAAAGGGGAGCAAAGGGAAAACAGGCUGAAGUGACUAACCAAGAAACAAAAGAAGAUUUACCUGCCGAAAAUGGAGAAACUAAAAACGAGGAGAGUCCCGCCUCUGAUGAAGCAGAAGAGAAAGAAGCCAAGUCUGAUUAAUCACACACCAUGUCAUAUCAGUGGUCCCGUUUCCCUUCUUGUACAAUCCAGAGGAAUAUUUUUAUCAACUAUUUUGUAAAUGCAAGUUUUUUAGUAGCUCUAGAAACAUUUUUAAAAAGGAGGGAAUCCCACCUCAUCCCAUUUUUUAAGUGUAAAUGAUUUUUUUUAGAAGCGAAAUCAUUUACUGGUUGUUUAUUUUUGGGUACAACCAGAAAAUAGUGGGAUAUUGAAAUAUGGGAGGCUUGGACUGUCUUGGGUGUCAGCUUAACAUUCCAUAGAUGGGGGGUUAGUUUUAUAUCCUACAAUACAAAGCCUAUUAAAUGGCAGUUUGGAGUCACA